AAUUUAGGUCAGAGGGUUGAUAUUUAAAGAGACUGGAGAAAAUUGUAUUGAUGAGGAGGUCCAUAAUUUGUGCUCCUAACCAAAUAAUAUUGGGAACAAAUCAAGGGGGAUGAGAUGAACGGGGCAUGUAGGGCACAUGUCAGAGAUAAGAAAUUCCCACAACAUUUUGAGAAUAAAACGUGAAGCGAAGAUACCAUUCUGGAAGCCAAGGGUUAGAUGGUAGGAUAAUAUUAAAACUGAUAUUAGGAACCUAAGUUCGGAAUAUGAGGAGUGGGUACAUCUGGUUUAGUAUAGGUAUAAAUGGCGGACUCUUGUGAUUUUGUAAUGAGCUUUUGGGUUAUAUAAAAGGCUGGGGAAUUUAUUUUUUGUCGAAGCCUUUUAUUUAGCUGCUCAAGGAUUCAUUUCUAUGAAGUUACUUAGCCAUCGGAAUACUGGAUCAGGAGAUCUAACAUCGAACGCAAUGGGCGAUUGAAUGAAAUUGAAGAAGAAGAAGAACUUACACGAUAUCAAUAUGAUUCAUUAGUCAACUGGUUAUACGUUGAAGUUAUUUCCGUAGUUUGUGUUCGCUGUUAUUGCGUAUACUGUGUUGCAAACAAGUGAGAUGAUGAUGGUGGAGGAAAAGAACAAUUAGUUUUUAAGUGUUUGUGACCACAAAGGAAUGGGAGUGGCUUUGAUGAUUUGAAAGUUCUGUCAGAAGAAAGAUGCAUCGACGACGGACACCAAAUAAUUUUACAUACGUUAGUUCGUGUGUUAAGUAUAUGAUAUUCCUUCUCAAUUUUAUAUUUUGGCUUUUUGGUGGUCUCCUUAUUGGUGUGGGACUAUACGCAUUUGUUGAUAAAUGGCAGGCAACAGGUUUGGUAAAAGUGGAAACUGUGUACGACGUCAUCCUGAACAUUUCACUUGUUAUGGUGAUUGCUGGAGGAGUCAUCUUUAUUGUGAGUUUUGCAGGUUGUGUUGGCGCUCUUCGGGAAAACACCUGUCUGCUGAAAUUCUAUUCCCUGUGCCUACUAAUAUUUUUUCUCCUGGAAAUGGCGAUUGCCAUCAUGGGAUUUGUUUUCCCACAUACGAUGCAAUCUGUACUUGAAGAACAGUUUACUGAUAAGAUUAUACACACAUACAGAGAAGAUGUUGAUCUACAGAAUUUAAUAGAUUUUGCUCAGCAAGAGUUUCGAUGCUGUGGACUCACUUCUGGAGGCUACAUGGAUUGGUCAAAGAAUGAGUAUUUCAACUGUAGUUCACCAAGUGUGGAGAGAUGUGGCGUUCCAUUCUCAUGCUGCAUGAAUGCAACCGAUAUUUCUAGUGGCCUAAUUAACAUCAUGUGUGGUUAUGGAGCUCAGGAGUUUCCAGUUGCCGAGGCUGCUAAGAAAGUAUGGACAAGUGGUUGUAUCGAGAUUGUUAGGUCUUGGGCUGAGAGGAAUCUAUAUACGAUAGCAGGUGUGGCCCUUGGAAUUGCCUUGUCACAGUUAUUUGUUAUCUACCUGGCAAAAACCCUAGAGGGUCAAAUUGAACUUCAGAAAUCAAGAUGGAUCACAUGAAACAUUGCCUACCGUCUCGGAUGAACAUAUUAAUGUGAGGUAGGUCUGUAUAUGUAAUACUGUCACACUUCUUCUGGAACAUUCAGUGGCAAAAUAUUCAUCUGGAGUGUAAUCACAGCAUGUCUUAGAGUCAGCAUCAGAUUCAGUUUUCAGCUCUGAAAGUGACAGUGUCUUAUUUUUAUUAUGUUUCAUGUGUGGACCAGUGUUUACAAAUUUGGGUUUUGUGUAAGAGAAGAUUUGUGCAAGUUGUUGGAGUUUAAUGGUGCUGUGCAGCUUUGGGCUUGUUUUUCUCUUAUGAUGCAAAGUAGGAUUUGUUAAUUUAGAUCUGAUAAAUUUUUCUAUUAAUUUAGAGUAAUCAUAUUUUACAUAAUUUUAUCUGCAAUCUUUUAGUGGAUUUUAUUUCUCACCAAGGCGAAUUUCUUUUGUUAUUUAAGGUAACUGUGAACUGUUUAAAUCACUGUGUCUCCACUUGAAUUAUUAUAAAAACAAAUGGUGCAAAGAGCACAGUAUUGUAAAUAUUUUUUACAAUCUUAUAAAAAUUUUAAAUAAUUGUUUUCAGGUUUAUCAGUGAUGUGACUGAAAUAUUAAGUUUGCAUUUUACCAUUUCACAUCAGCAUGAAUCAGAGUUAGAAUACUGCUUAUUCCAAUAAAAAGUAUGUACUUCAUACCACACCUCUUAGUAUUUUCAGUCAUUUUUUAUUUUGAGACCUCAGAGUUGAUGACAGAGAUACGUUUGUUUCUUAGCAGGGGUUUCUGGUGUUCCCAACAUCUGAUAAAUGUUUUACUGAGGUUAUCCUGUUUGCUGUGCUCUGGUUUUCUACUGCACAUUCAAAUCACAUGUAACUUAGUGAUGUUGUGAAAAGGUCCAACACAUAUUUUAUAUAUGUCACUGCAGGUGACAUGCAGUUGAAACUGGGGCCCUUACAAAGAGCAAUAGGGAUGUUUUCUGAAAAUAAUGGCAUCACAAGGAUUUUCAUCAUGAAAUGUUCUGAUUAAAAUGCACAUGUGACAUGUGAUAAGUACAGUGGAAAUUUUAGUGGGCCAUUAAAAAUACCAAAUGUUUUCUUAUGACUUGUGGUUAAAAGAAAAUAUAAAGAUAGGAAUAGUUUAACCUUUUAAAGAUAUUCAGGGUGUAAUUAUAUUCAUGUUGGCAUUUGAGAGGACAGCUUACACCCGAGUGGAUGGAUUUAAUUUUUCUAGAUCUUGCCUUUUGUGCAUAUGUUUAUUCAUUUGUGUAAAAGUGUAUUAUUAGGUACAGAUAUUUUACACUUUUAAAUUUUGAAGGAAAUUUCAGUAAACAAAUUUCAAAGGAUUUUCUAAAUACGAUUGUUUUUAGCAAGAAGAUGUCAUCUCUGGAUGCUUUAAAUUGACAAUGCUGUGUUAUUUCUGUAACUAAAGCAUGAUACAGUAGGUUGCUGUAAUCUGUCAUAUGUUUUUACUUUCUCUAGCCACUAGCCAGUACUCGUAGUAUAAACUAUGAGUCUGUCCUUGUGUGCUUGAUUUGGUUUUUCUCUUAUGGCAUGGUAACACCAUGUAUUGAUGACUCCUAUACUUUGUAAGCAAGUGUCAGUAAAGAAGUUUGGAAGAUUGCUAAACACAUAAUGAAACAUAAAAAAUCUUUGGAGUAGUAAAAUUGUCUUGUAGGAUGACUCAAACAUCCUACAAAUCAAAUACAAAAGUGACAAACAGUUCUGCAAAUGCUUAUUUUCAAAAAGAGUGAAGGUGAUAAAAAAUAAUUAUGUUCAAACAACAUCUGUCUAAAGCCUCUGUUUUUCUUGUUACCUGGUGUUCUUCUGUAUUUGACACCUACAACAGUAUUCUCAUGCUAUUCCUCCAGGCAGAUUGUCAUGUUAUGUAUGUCAUCUGCUUCAAAGCUGCUGCAGUUUUAUAGCAGACUUUUUAAAUUUAUUUUUGAGGGGAUGUACAGCUGGAAAACUGUGUAUCUGUUAACAAGAACAUGUUGUGUAGAGUGGUGUGGUGAGGGCUGAAUGUUCUUGAAGUGUUCAAAAACCAAACUACUGAUUUUUAGAUGUAUUGAAUAGGAUCCAGAAAAAUAUAAUUAAUGCAAUCUCAGCUGAAAGCCCAUCAAGUAUUGGGACCAGUUUGCAUGCGCAAGAAUCAAGGGCAUCUUUAGGAAAAUUACAUGUGUGUGCAUAUUAAUGAAGAGUCUCUGUGGCUGGAUAUUUAUCCUCUCAUCCUGAUUAUAGGCUUAAACUUGUGGAUAAAAUUUUAACUUCCUGGACAUUAAUACUAGAGUUAUAAUAACCAUUCCUGGCUCACUUCAUUGGUGUAAUGGUUAGUUCUGACCAUUGCCGUUACAAUCAAAAAUGAAAGUAUGUCAGUAUUAAAUUUAGUCACUUGAAGACCAGAGUGGAAACAAUUUCAAGUAUUGUGUUUAUUAAUAUUUUUAUGCUACAUUAAUAAGUUCUGUGGUGGCCCCUCACAUUGUUGUAAGGAAUUUUAAAAUGUGUUUGCUUACACAAAACUAUGUUUCGUGUAUGCCAUGUUGCAGGCAGCUUGCAUGUUGGAAGGAGAUGGUCAUUACAAAUGAUUCUUCCUGUGUUUGACUGUUGCCAAAUUGUGAACUAAUGUUAUUCAAACUGUUCCUAAAAGGUAACAUUAACUUACGAAAUAGUUUUAAGGAACUUUAAAGUAAAUGCAGUUCAUACAGUAAGACUGAGAUUUUGGUCAAGUCUGUUGACUGUGGGCAGACAUAACUGCAUUGAAGAUGUUACAGGUUCAACAGACAUUGAAAAUGUUGAGCAUAAUCAUGAUGCAGUGAUUCAACAACUGUCACGAACUUACGAAUCAGAACCAUAUAUUGUUUCACAUUACCAUUACUUUAAAUUCAAGCGGAACUGUUUGUCAUAAUAAGAGUUCAGUCUGUGCUAACAUUGACAGUGGAGACACAGUGUUACAUGUAUUAAUGUGAAAUUAUUUAAAUGCAAAAUACUGAAUGAAAGUCACUUGUUUAUCCGAUGAAUUUAAUGCAACAGGAAGUAAGGAAGCAGUCUUUUCCAAAUGUAUACUGAAAAUCCAAAUUUGAUUCUGUGUGCAGUUUCCAGGUUCUUAUGAUUUUAGCAUUUAGCAAUUUUUUUACCCUUGUAAUGCUGAGAACAAAAAAGUGAAGUAAUGAAAUAAAAUUUAGAAGCCUGGAAUGCAUUCUGUUUCGAAAUGAAUGUCAUUUCUUACUUUGAUUUAUGCCAGUAAUAUAUGAAUUGACUGAUCUUUUUCAAUGUAUUUUAGUACUGUAGUUUAAGAGGAAGGAUAUAUUCAAACAUUAGGUUUUAAAAGUUGUAUAUGGAAGCACAAAGAUGUUAAACGUCUUGAUUUUCAGUAUUUGUGAGGGAAUGAGUUUUUAUGAGGGAUGUGAUAAAACUUAUGUUCUUUAUAAAAUUGUUUGUUCAAAAGAAAUCUGUCACAAUGUUGAGUGCAAGGUGGUUUAGAUAAGUUGAUGUGUAGGUUCCACUAUUAUAGCUGUGUUUUCUAAACUUUUCUGUCAGGAAAACCCUUUUGGUCUUGAAUGAUACUAAUAGAAUUCCACUCUUGAGUUCUUCAGGGAAGAUUCAGAAGUAAGGUCACUCCAUUUCUAGCACUCUUGCAUUAGUGUACUAUAUUGACCUUGCCAACAUUAAGAAAGUUUUUUACCCAGGAAAUGAUGUGUAAUUGAGGAGAAACAAUAUAUAUAUAUAUAUAUAUAUACUAUAUGUUAGUCGCUUAAAUCCUAGAUGACAUAAUUAAGAAACUUCCAUCUCAUAUUCCCUUAUUGUUUAAAGAAAAACUCUUCUGUCAGUUGUUUGAGAGUUCUUAUUUUUCACUCUCAUAUAUCUUAGAGAGUAUUAGCUUUUGGAUUUAUGACCUUAACUAUUACUGUCCACAGUUUCUUGUGUUAUUUUUGUGUUUUAUUUCUUGAUUGAAUAGUGUCUCAGAAACAUAUGAUUGUUUCAAUUGUGUGCCAGUUUUGGUGGUGGCCAGCCUGGCUCUUCAAAAUCAACUGUGUUCGUCACAAAUUCUCAGGGCAGAUGGAAAUAGCCAUGAUCAAACAAACAUCACAUUUUUACUUAAAAGUUACUUUUCCAUUGAUUUCAUGUUACAAUUUAACCGUGAAGCCCCAGAGAAUCCUUUGCAGAACUUCAGGGUUCUAUUAAGCACAGUUUGAAUGACUGGAAAAGUCUGAAGAUCGGAACAUUUCUCAUGCCCCUUAUACUUCUAAUUAAUGUAAUUUUUAUUGGGAUUGUAUCUUAGUUAUCCUUUUGCCAUGUGUGUAUAUGAUUGAAUUUCAACAUGGAUAUUUAAGCUGAAAUAGUCAGCUUGGUGUCUACAAAAUGGACCAAACUGUAGAUGAAAAGAAGGUGAAAAGAGCUAUGUUUUUAUAUUACUCAUGUAGCUUAGAAAUUUUUAACUAUUCUUGUUCUUGAACUUAUAUACUGUUACUCGUCUAGAUAUGUUAGUAAUUGGUAUAGUUGUAAGUAAUUUUCUUUUCUUAUCUUAUGGCUUGGCUAUUUAAAUGUAAGAAUUGAAAGCACACAUUUGAAAAAUAACACAUUCUGUGUCCUGUAAUGGUAAAAAUAUUUUCCUUCCAAGAAUGGCACCUGUUAAGAUAAAAAGUAUAAAGUUUUGGAUAGUUGUGGGCAGGAGGAACACUUACCAGGUAAUAAACCCAAAAAAGACAAGUUGAAUAUGAUGACUGUUUAGAUUGUAAACAUUUUCAGUAAAAGUUUGUCAUCUUUUUAAUCCAUCUGGCAUACUUUUUUUAAUCUUCUUUUAGUAGUUAAGCUAGUUAAGCUUUUGGAAGAGUAGGUUACUGGCAUUCAGCUUCCUAUCUUGGUGAGAGGGAUGCUCUGUUUUGGCAUCCAAGAGUGCCAUCUGGCUGCUCUGCAGCUGUGAUAUUUGGUCUGCUACUCCAUGAGACAGCGUUUGUUGUGUGGCUCCCUCAGGCACAAAGCCAGAUUCCCUCCUUUCUCAACUGGGCUUGGGACCUGCUUCUACAGAGUUAUUGUUAAAAUCUACAGAUAGUUUUGGUGGGAGGUGUUAGGAAAUGUUUCUUUCACUGAUUUCAAACAUCAGAUAAAUCCAGUUCUUGUUUCUAAGCAAGAUAUCUUGUGGAGGAUGGAAAGGUUUAAUGUAAAAUAUUGCCUUGUGCACAUAUGCUUGUCUGUUAUUUCAGUGAAUUGUGAAUUAUUUCUACAUUAAUAUUCAAAUAAAUGUUAUUUUUUAAUCCUUUGUACCCAAGGCAGAUGAAGAUUUGGGUGGGCACUAUAAAAAGAGGAUCCACGUGUUUCAUGUAGUUACCAACUGUUAUUAAAUCAAGGUUGGAAGAGCUGGGGAAUUUGUUUUGGGAAAUUUCUUGGAAUUAUGGAAGACUGAUAAAAGGCUUAAUGAAACUAGGUGUUGGGAAAAUAGGGUGUGAGACUGUGAGCUGAAGUGAAUUGGUUCAGAGUUGUUUUACAUUCUUGAGCUUUGGUUUAAGGGGUGUGAAACCUUUAGAUUCUGGUUCCAGAGAGUUAGGUAUUUUUACUUACCCCCCCCCAAUCCAUCAUUCCAAAAAUGAUGUGCCCUACAUCUGCGAGCCCUCUUGUAAGUGUUCCCCCUUUUUUAUUUAUUCAGUAUAUCAUAAAUACAUAUAUUGAAUAUGCAUGCAUUUUACCAAUAUAAGCAGUGUACUGUUUAUGACUAAUCUUGAGACUUGCAAGGAAUGCAGGCAAUCCAAAGCAUUAAAGAUUGACGCUAUCUUUCCUCCUUCAUCCCGCUUCCUCACUCCACAAGUCUCAAGAUUACAGUCACAAACUAUAUCAUGUAUGACAAAAAUGAUAGAGGGUCUUAGAAGUUCAUAUAACUCAUACCAGAUGUGUGAUUCAUAAAAUGAGUGCACUGGAAUGCAAUUCAACUAAUUCAUGUUUGCUUUCAGUUCUGUACAAUUUACCAUGUGUAUACAUUUUAAACGGAUCCAUCCACAGACUAACAUGGGGAGCCAAAUGUGCAAGCGUGGAGUUAUUGGUUAGUGGAUAACAUAAUUGUUACGUACUUAUUAAAGUUUGGCCAUAUGCAUCAACCAGCAAGCAGCAUGAUGAGUAAGAAACUAAAAAAUACAAUAAUAAUAAUAAUAAUAAUAAUAAUAAUGUUUUCAUACGUAAAUAAGUGAAAUAGUAAAUAAAUUGGUGUUCAGAAUACUGGAAAUGUUCAAUUCCAUCCAUUAAAUCCCAAUCGGUUUUAAUAAAAAGUACCAUUUAUGUAAUUUUUUAUGUAUCAUAAGCAGUGCAGCAUAAGAGUGUAAAUUAUACAUCCUGUAGUUGUUAUUAUGAAGUCUUUGGUCAAAUUGUGUUGUUUGAAGAUUGUUGGUUUAAUUUUACCCUUUCAUGGAUGGUUUUAUUGGUAACUAUUUUAUUGCAUUUUUCAUGUAUUUUAAAUUCUUAUGUAUGAAAGGCGGUAUCAAUAAAAAGUUUUACCACAAAAGUCUGAAAGAUACGGCAUGAGGUAUAAAAUACAGUGACCAAGAAGGUGAAAUAUACAGUACAAUUUGGUGAAAAUCAUUCUGUCUUGUUGCUACGUGUCACAUGAUUUGUCGCAUGAUCUUAUAGCCACAUGAAUGUGGCACAUAAGAUGCUGUGCUACAUCAGAUAAACAUGAUUGGCUAGACUGUAGUUGGCAUGAAGAUUGAGUGGCAAUUAAGUACAUGAGUUUAUACCAAAAUAAAUGCUAUUAAUUUCUCAUGGAACAUACACAGUUUAUCAGAACACAUGGUCAACUUUAUGGAUAGCUGAAAUAGACACUGAUACUAGAAGGAGUAAAACAGGAAGAGUCACCAUGUCAUAUUUUUUACCAUAUGUAAAAUAUAUAGAGAUCAUGUCGUGUAUGUUCUGUAUAUAGGUCGUUUUGGAAGUUAAUUGGAGGUAUACACUGGAAUUAUUCUUUAAUGUUCUUUAAAUUUAUUUUCCUUCUUGCUUUAAUUCUUUCACUUUGAACAUGAAUAUUAAUUAGUAAUUCGUACCUAAAAUAAAAUUGAUGUCUGAAAAUUUUUGUAAGAAGAUUUAGAAAUAGUAUUUUGUAAUGUGUUGGGUUGCUAACUAAAUAUUUUUCAGAUUAAAGGUUCUAGCAUCUUGAUUCCAUCUGCACCUGUCAUAUUAAUGUUACUGUGACAUGAUUUCCAUUGAUGAUUGUCACUUAAUUGACUCUGAUAUAACACUUUUGGUGUUAGAUAUGGCCGGUAGUGAGGUAAAAUUUAUUUAUUGUUUUAAUCCUUUGACAUUGAAUGUUCUGAUUGAAAAAUGCACUGAGAUAUUGCAAAUAGACUGUUUUUAAUUUUAAUUUGGACCUAGUAAUAGGAAUGCAAGGUACUGUACAUGGUCUAGAUGUGAAAUAAAGAGUUUGCAUGAGAAACUUUAAUAUGGCUGUUGUCUGAACCAAGUUAAUGGAAUGGUUUACUUUGGUAAAUGUAGUAGAAAUGUAUAAAUUUCAUCUGUUUGUGAUAUAUUUAUUAUUAAGCAUUAAUUGUCCAAAUACAAAAGAUUGAUUCUUAAUUUAUAUGUACUUGUCUUUAUGAUAAUGUAAGGAUUUGUAAGGAGGUGAUCAUGGCCUGUGUGAUAGUUCUAUAUUAGUGAUAAUACUGAAAACUGAGGAGAAUAGUGGUAUCCCUCAUUGAUUACUUUGUGAGAGAUACCAUCAUUUAAUCCACAGUUCCACUCUAAUUUUCAUGCUGAACUAUUAAGUCCUCAUGGUGAAUGUACAAGAAAAACAAUUGACAACUAUUGCUGUAAAAAAUUUAAAAGAUUUACAGAAACCUGACAGACAUCAGAACACAUUUUUGCAUCAUUUGUCCUCAGUUUGUUAAUACAGUUCUUCUGUGGCAUUAAUAGUUAGUGUUCCAGGAAGUCUUGGGGUUGAAUCUCAGCCUAAGAAACUGUAUAUCCAGGCUGAGGCUGACCUUGGAAUAUAUCAUGAUAGCCUCCUCCCAAAUAAUGACCUUGUCAUUAUCAGUCAUCCAUCUUAUUCAAAGCUAUAUAGCUGCAGUUGAAACAUGAUUGUUAAAUAACCUAAGAAUCAAUCAGACAUUUGUAAUGUUGUUUAUGUUUAAACAUGUGAUUUAUGCCUAAUAAUUAAAAUUAAAUAUUGGUCACCAGCCAUGAAGG